AUGUCUCCCAGUGUGGUGUCGACUGUCGUUGACUACGUAUCUCACGACAUCUUGAAGCGACCCUCCUGGGCUUCUCGAAAGUCGAAUGCCCAGGUCGUCACUCCGAUAAUUUCUAGUCAAGCUACCGCAACAGAACUGGAAUUAGAGACACACGCCCCCAGUUCUUCUGCAGGUUUUGUCCAGAGAGAUGAAAAUGCCUUGGAGGAGGACCCCGAGUUGAGGCUUCCAAGUCGAGGCUCCCUUUUCGUCAUGAUUGCGACCAACGCGUUGUUGCAGUUUGGGUUCUUUGUCACCGUUUCGUCUGCGGCAUCUUAUGCGGAAUAUCUCGGAGGGACAGCUGUGUUUUCGGGGCUGACCAUCGGCAUUCCAACUGUGUUUUCGGGCAUGGCACUGAUUCCUAUGACAAGAUUUGACGAGGGCCGUUAUACGCGUCCUCUCCUUCUUGCUUUCAUUGCCCUUUUUCUUGGCAAUAUCUUCCACGCUGUGGCCUACCCCACCCAUUUUCUCUACUUCAUCCUCAUCGGACGGAUAGUCAGCGGAGUUGCUUUUACGGGGUUCAUGUAUACCAAACGUUUCUGCUCCGAUCCCCGCAUCAUUGGUAUCCGACGCCGAACCACCCUCGCAAGCUGGCUUGUCCUCGGGCAAGCGUUUGGAUUCAGUGUUGGGCCAUUCAUCGGCGGUGCCCUAUACAAGAUUGGAUUCAAGAACAACGUCUUCAACGGCUUUACCAGCACAGGCUGGGUGACCGCAGCGUUCACUGUCAUUUUUGCCGUUUGGAGCUUCCGGCUAUUCCAAGACGUGCCCAAACCAACCCGCAUCUCCGAUCAAGCCUCCCUUGAGGCCCCUCCCGUUGCCCCACAUCCAGAUGACUACGGCUUCACACAACUCUCCCUCCAGCAGUGGGGCGUGCUCUUCUCCAUGUGCUGGGCUUCAAUGACCUGCUUUUUCAUUCUUGGAAGCUGGGAGGCCAACAUCCCCAUCUUCACCGCCUCUGCCCCCGCAUUUCACUACUCGCCAUAUGCCGCCGGCAACUUCAUUGCCCUCGGCGGAAUCGCCACGCUCCCUUUCCUCCUCGCCAACGUCCGCUACGCUCCGCGCUUCCAGGACAGGACCACGCUUCUGCUCGGGACCGGCAUCGGCUUCCUCGGGCUGCUCCUCACGCUGGUGCUGCUUGCGCGGGACAACGUCGCCGUCGCCCCGUUCUACAUCUGCUGGGUGCUCGUCGCGCUCGGCUUCAAUCUCGGGAGCACGUGCACGUUCAGUCUGCUCUCCAAGCAGUUCCCCAACUCGUGGAACGGGCGGACGAGCAUGAUGAUACAGUACAGCAACUACUGUGGGCGGGUCACGGGCGCCGUCCUGGGCGGCGCCGGCGUCCAAAUUGGCAUGAAGAAGUAUAUUGCGAUCCAGAUGGGUGUCGUUGGUGUUGGGACCUUGCUGCACUUGACGUUCUGGAGGCAGCUGAAGGCAAAAACAGGAUAA